CCCCCGAUCGAAGUGUGUUUUGUUGAAAACCGAGCAAAAGAAGAUGCAUAUUCAAAUAAAACGCUUCCACUGUCUGAAGAGUAGUGAAUGAGGUAUUCUUCUAACAUGCUAAUCAGCUCAACAUCAACUUAAUCUUUUAGAAAUGGCGUCGAGUGAAAAGGGGUCUUCGGGCUCAAAUGAUCAUCCACUAGUGUUCUUGACCCAUGAGGACAAACUUCUUUACGCAGCAAGGAAUGGAGACACUGACUCAGUCAAUCACCUACUUGAUCAGCACAGUGAGGGCACACUUCAAUUGAAUGUUAACUGCAAAGGUACAAGCAAAGCUAACUUAGGUUGGAGUCCAUUACAUCUUGCUUCCUAUUUUGGUCACAUUGAGGUUGCUACCAUCUUGCUCCUUCACAAGGCGGAUGUUAAUAUAGUCAACCAGAAUGGAGAUACACCUUUACACCGGGCAGCCUUCACUGGAAGAAUGGAGUUGGUGGCUUUGCUCCUCAAGUAUGGAUCCGAUGUGACUAUCCUUAAUGGAGAAGGUCAUAAGGCAAGGGAUAUUGCUUAUGGUGAAGAUAUCAUCAAGAUGCUAAUUGCUAUUGAACAAGCUCAGAAGCUGAGGUUAGAGCAGCAGUUAUUGAGAGCAGCAUCAGAGGGGAUCUUAGAAGAUGUAGAAAGAUUGUUAGCUGGUCCUCGCCCACCUAACAUCAACAGUAUAGACAUGGUCGGCAACACAGCCCUUCACUCAGCAAGCUACCGAGACCAGAGAGAAGUUGCUAAACUUUUAAUCCAACAUGGCGCCAACUCCGCCAUUCCUAAUAAGAAAGGUCAUACAGCACUUGACCUUGCACAGUCUCAACAGAUGAAACAACUUCUUCAUGUUAAAUCAGUCAAGCGGUUUGUCACAAAAUUGGAAGGUCCAUUGUUAAAGUCCUCCAAAUUCACUGGUAUUUUGAAAGAAUACUGGGUUGUGCUUGACAGAGGCGUGCUGACUUACUACAGGAAAAGGGCUGAUGCGGUGGCGGGUGUUAAACGCGUGGGCUUCAAGUAUUUGGAUCACGCUGAGUUUGAGGCCAGUGCAUUGGACCCUAGUACAUUUACUAUUCAGUAUUCCAGCAAUACUGUACAUACCUGGCUUACCGUAAACGAUGGCUCCAAUUUGUCCAGGCAGGAGUGGAUAACAGCGCUACAAGGUCACAGAGCCUACAGUGAAUACUACACAACAACUACAUACAUCGAUGAUGAAUAUGAUGAUGUCACUGAUGACUUCAUGUCUCUAGGCUCGCUUGCAGAUUCACUUAAGAAAGCUCAGACCAAACAGCGCGUAUUGGAGCAAACUGUUGAGGGUUUUGUGACGUUUGUUGAGAUGUGUCUGAAGAAAGAAGCUACCAAAGAUGUCGCAUCACUCGUUACUUAUAUUGAAUGUUUGUCCGAAGCCAAGUCCCAGCUGGUUACACUAGCAGACACGUCUAAGACAGUGUGUGUUUCUCUAUCACAGUGCCUUGCAGCUAUGAAACAACAAGAUGAGCUGCGUAAACUCGAGCUCUCCCAAGCCUUAGAGAAGUCACGUAUCCUCCAGGAUGGCCUGCAGGCCUUAGCACAGGAACAUCACAACUUGGAGCAACUGUCCAAGUUUUCUUCUCACAGUGGGAGUUUGUAUGAUGCCAAGACGGAGGCCAGCAACGCAGAAAACCCUUGUGCUGAGGAGCUGAGUGAAAGGGCAUCUCUUGAUUUUGCCGACGCCCUGAGUGACUCGGACAGUUUUCACAGUAUGACGGACGGGAUGCAGAGUUCCCUAGAGAGGUUACAGGUCUCUGACUCGACCCCUGAAAGUCAAAGGUCAGAUAAGAAGAGUAAAGAAGAAAAGAUGUCCGAGGAGUCCAAGACGAUUGCGAAUGGAACGACAGAUAUAGUAAUACCAGGCUGUGCAAGGACUCAACUUCCAGCUGUUAUGAUACGGAGGGAUCAGUUUAGUCUAUGGACAGUCCUCAAACAGUGCAUCGGGAAGGAACUCUCCAAAAUCACUAUGCCAGUUGUCUUCAAUGAACCGCUCAGCUUCUUACAAAGGUUUUGUGAAUACACAGAACAUUGCCAGUUACUAUACAAAGCAGCUAUGAAUGAAGACCCAGUGGAGAGAAUAAAGUAUGUUGCAGCUUUUGUAAUGGCAGCCGGUGCUUCCAAUCUAGACAGGCUUAGUAAACCAUUCAAUCCGUUACUUGGAGAGACCUACGAACUCAUCAGGGAAGACUUAGAUAUUAAGAUAGUAUUGGAGCAAGUUAGCCACCAUCCUCCAGUCAGCGCCUUCCAUUGUACUUCGCCAUAUUUUGAAUUCCAUGGCUCUAUCUACCCUAAACUCAAGUUCUGGGGGAAAAGCUUAGAAGUGAUACCAAAGGGAGUUGUUACAAUCUCAAUACCAAAAUACAAUGAAACGUACACAUGGCACAAUCCAAGCAGCUGUCUUCACAACCUCAUCGUUGGUAAGCUGUGGAUUGAGAUGUAUGGUCUACUGGAGUUAACCAAUCACAAGACAGGUCACAAAUGCUUCCUACAGUUCAAACCAGCCGGCUGGUUCGGCAGGGAUUUACACAAGGUAGAGGGAUACAUCACUAACCCAAAAGACAAGAAGAUUGUGAUGUUAUUUGGGAAAUGGACGGAGUACCUUUAUGCCAUGAGCCCAGAUGGAUAUGAUGGCGCCAAGAAGGAGGAAAAGAAACACAGACAUUCUCACAAUCAUAGCCCUGGAAGUCCUUCAGAACAUCAGAGUCCAUCAGACUCAACAAAUCCUGAAGGGGAGGAAUUCAACAAUGCUCAGCUUCUUUGGCGCAACACAAAAAGGCCGGAAAACUCAUCUCAGUAUUAUAACUUCACAUCAUUUGCAAUAAGAUUGAAUGAGAUGACAGAGCAUAUGAAGUCGUAUCUACCACCAACCGACGCUAGAUACAGACCUGAUAUACGUUGCAUGGAGAAUGGGGACAUAGAUUGCGCUUCGGAUGAGAAGCAUCGCUUAGAAGAAAAACAACGAAUGAGUAGAAAGCACCGCGGUAAGUCAAAGGAAUCAUCCUGGAAUCCGAUGUGGUUCAAACUGGAUGUGAACCCAAACACCGGUGAACAAGACUGGAUCUUCACUUCUAAAUACUGGGAUCGCAACUAUUCAAAUAGCCCUGAUAUUUUCUAACAACACCAGGAAAUUAGGGUUUUUAAAUUUUUAGUCUUGCGGAAGGCGGCUGGGACAGUUUCAAGAUGUCGUGAGGACUGAGUGAGAGUCAGGGUUAGGAAUGGCAAUUCCAGCCGAGGAGUUCUCAUGGACAAUGGCAGUGGACAAAAAAAGGGACAGUCCAUUGUAAAUAGAAGGGGUGUACAAAAAGAACCAGUGGGACAUUGAUCCUAUUUUCCCUUUUGUAGAAGGAAAGAAAAAUUCAUGGAAAAUUAUAUUUGAGAAUGGUUAACAAUUUUGAACAAUAAUGACAAGUCUACAAUACAGGUUGUAAAAGUUUGUAAAAAGCAAAAAUCCUGUUAAAUCACUGUGUGACACAAAGUUAUGCCUAAUUAUUGUGUAAAUUGUUAGUCAAACUACUUCUUUUAUGCAGUUGGUUUAAAGCUAACCCUGCCAAAUACAACAAAAUGCUUCAGUGGUUAGAGAUUGUCGAUUUUUCAAUGAGGUCUGUGGAACUUGAGUGACUGUGGAGUUACAGUGCAGGACUGAGCGAGUAAAGCGAAUGUAGUAAAGUUUAUUUUUAAGUUGUCUUAGCUGCCGCUACCAAGCCAUAAGUUUUAAGUGUGCUAAAGUAAUGAUCUAAAGUUGGAUAAGGGGAUUUUAACCUGUACAUGAUAAAAGUUUACCCAAGCUAACUUCAGCGAUGUGUAAUUUAACCCCAUCCCGCAUUCACACUACAUGUGUAGGUAAUAAGCCAUUUGGAGUUAGAUUGGAAUCAAGUCUUGUACAAAGACUUUCUUACUAACAAGUUACCGCUAACAUAUCAAUUUCUUAGAGUAUAGAGACAGUUUCUGAUUGGUUAGGGGCAAGCCUUUACAUACUGUAGCAACCUCCAGAUGAGCAAACCAUGGUGCAAUUUUGCUAUACACAUUCAUUCAGAAUUGGUGUUCACUGUCUCUUACAUAAAUAAAAGCCUGCCCCGAUUCAUUACUUCCUAUAAUCUGAAGAAUUCAAAUUCAUGUGAUAACUUGUGGUCAAGCACAACAUUGUACCAGGCAAUAUUCAAAUCUAACUUGCAAAUGGCUUAUUCUACAGUGACUCAUUUCAUUUUGACAUAUUGCAGAAAUCGGUCUGAUAUUUCUUGCAUGAUGGUUUUGAAAUUUGUGAUUGAUUAGAACAAAUUCUAACAUGUGAAGUCAUAAAAUUCAUUUACAUGUAGAUGUACACGUACAUUUAUGCAUUGUGUUUUGAUUUUCGACCAUCAAACAGAGCCUGGUGCCAGACUUUAAGCCAAGGUUUGAGAAAAGCCUCUUUUUUUUUUAUGAGAAGCCCGUCAUUUAAACACAGCUUCAGCUUGUGUACAUUAAUUUGACCGGUUAGAAAACAAGAUGGCCAUACUUUGAUAAACGUCUAUGAGAUAAGUGCAAUGUGUUCAACAGGGAUGAGAUUGUUCAGAAUUUCGGCUGAAUUCAGACCUUUUAUGUAGGCCUGGUGAAGAAAAUCAGACACUAUUUUUUCCCACUAAUAAAGAAAUCCUGCUCAUUGGUCUACUUCUCUAGUGCUUUGGGAACUGUUUCCAAAAGGUCCUUGGAAUCGAUUAACCCCAGGGGUUACUAAACAGUAGAAAUGGCAUCAUUUAAACAUACCUUUGAAUUUGUAUCCAAGUUUCAGACUUUUUUAGUAAUGACUCUCAUCCCUGGUUCAAUGAACGAGUGUUUUGGCCCUGUCACACGAGGCAAUUUACAGGCAACCAGCUCCAGGUAAUCUCCAUGAAAUAAAGGCAUUCAUAUUUGAUUGUUCACAUACUUUUUUAUGGAUCUUAAACGAUUUUUUAUCAUGCACUGUAGUUGGUUGCGGUCAAGUUGUCUGUAAAGGUUGCCUCCUGUGAAAAGGCUCAAACGAAAUCUCAUAAAUGGGACUGUUAAUGUAGCACUGUAGAUGUUAAACUCUUUAUAUUAAUAUUCAAGGGAUGGUCCAAUUUCAAAAAGCUGUUAUUUCUUCGCUUACUGUAGCAUAAUUUGAGUGGGACACAAGUUACAAAAAUGUGAACCUACACUAAUGUAAUUUUGGCUGGUAACCCGUUUCUGUUGAGCAUAAUUUUUCUGUACUUGGCAAGUUUUAGUGCUUACAGACCUUAUGAAAUUGGGCCCUGUAGUUAAUUGUAGGCUGAAGUAGCCAAAAACCUGCGUUAAUGGACCCUUCCCAUGAAAUAAUUUAUGCUAAUUACAUUCACGCAUGCGUACGGACCCUGUUGGUUGGCA